GGCGUGUCCAGAUGCAGUGAUCCGGCCCGCUAUGCCUUCUGACUUCAAUCGCGUGGCUGACAACAAUGCCGUGUUUGACAUGAUGCGCGGUGGAGAUGGGACCGCAAUGCUUCGCGUCUUAUAACAUGCACUCGACGCUCCGACCCUCAAGUGGGUACAGUCGCACACUUUUUCCAUCAUGAUCGCGCUACGUACGGCGUCCCAUCAAGUGCGUAGAAGCCUUGGGGCCAUCAAACCCGUGAUACAUAGCCGAUCGCAAACAACCCGUGCAUUUUCGCGCACACUACGGAGAUCGGACACUCGUGCAGGCCAAAGCAGUCGUUUUCGAUCAGCUUCAUAUUUCAACAGUAGAUCUGGGGUGAUAUUUGCUUCAUUCGCUAUCGCGAGUGCAUAUUUGUUCCACGAGCAACCCGCCGUACAAUGCGAGGCCCCAGAAGUGCCAUCGCUCCAGCAACAAAGACUGAUAUCGUACGACGAAGUGCAGAAGCAUGUCACAAAAGAUGAUUGCUGGGUUAUCAUCAAUGGACUCGUGUAUGACAUGACAGAGUUUUUGGAGGCGCAUCCAGGAGGGCCGAAUGCGAUAAUACAACAAGCAGGUAAAGACGCGAGUUCAAAGUUCCAGCUACUACACCCGCCUGAUGCCAUCGGGACACUCCCUCCAGAAUACUGCCUGGGGGCCAUUGACCCUGAGACUAUCCCAGCACCUGAGGCAAUAGAGCUCACGGAAGACGAAGUAAGACAGGCAGAGGCAAGAGAAGAGAUGCCACAAGCCGCAGACAUGCUCUUGGUACAAGAUUUUGAGAAUUGGGCCGAGCGCGUGCUCAGCACGACAGCUUGGGCAUAUUAUCGGAGCGCAUCUGAUGAGGAGGCUACAUUUCACGACAAUCGCGAUGCGUGGCGGAGAUAUUUCUUCCGCCCAAGGAUUCUGCGAGGAGACAUGUCCCAGGGUUCGACCACAACUACGUUCCUUGGUAUGCCGACCUCGAUGCCGAUAUUUAUCGCGCCUGCUGCUAUGGCCAAAUUGGGACAUCCUCUUGGAGAAGUGAACUUGACCAAAGCAGCGGGGACAUCUGGUAUCGUUCAGGCAAUUUCUGCGAACGCGAGUUGCGGAUUAGAAGAUAUGUUUAAUGCGAGGGUCGAAGGCCAACCGCUCAUCUUCCAGAUCUACUUGAACAAAGACCGCUCAGCGUCCUCCGCGCUCAUUCAACGCGUUACUCGGCUUGGCGCCAGCGCUAUCAUUCUGACUGUAGAUGUAUGCUGGCAGUCAAAACGUACGCUCGAUGUAAGAGCGAAAUUAGGAGAGAAGAAUGAUAUGCCCGCACCACCGUCACCUACUGCAACGACAGCCGGUGAGAAAGGCAAAAGCGUCUCUGAAGCAAUCAGCGGCUACCAAGACACAAAUCUAACAUGGAGCGACAUUGCGUUUGUUAAGAAGCACACGCACCUACCAAUAAUUAUAAAGGGUGUACAGUCCGUCGAAGAUGUACAGCUGUGCGUCGAGUAUGGUGCACAGGGUGUCAUCCUAUCCAACCAUGGAGGCCGCCAAGCAGACUACGCCCCCGCGCCCAUUGACGUGCUCUACGAGCUUCGUGAACUACGUCCAGACCUGUUCUCAAAGAUCGAUGUCAUGGUUGAUGGUGGUGUACGCAGCGGUGCCGACGUCGUGAAAGCUCUCGCUUUAGGCGCAAAGGCGGUUGGAGUCGGUCGGCCGAUACUUUAUGCGAAUGGGACACACGGUGAGGAAGGCGUAGAAAGAGUACUACAGAUAUUUCAAGAAGAGAUAAGAAAUACAAUGAGGAACAUAGGCGCCAAAAAUAUUGAAGAUUUGAAGCCUGAAUUGGUAGGCCCGAUGGGCCCGUGGGUUGGAAGAAACCGGCCAUCGUACGCACCAGCUUCCAGCCCCAUUUAA